ACCCUUGAAAGACAGGCAUUUCACUUGCAGCAAAAUAAUAGGAAGGAGGUUUGCUUGCUUUGCGCAGAGGCUGAGCCACGGGAGAAAGCAAAGCCAAUGUGAUUUAUUGAAUGAAAGCACUGGACAAUUACCAACAACUUGCUCCUCUGCUGCCUUGAACAACCUAAACUGGAACUGCUGCGUGAAAAUGACGCAACAAAUGCAGAAUUUGCAUCUUUCUCAAUCAAAAAAACAUAGUGCCCCGUCGUCUCCCAAUGCUGCCAAACGCCUGUACAGGAACCUCUCUGAGAAACUGAAGGGGAGCCACUCUUCAUUUGAUGAGGCCUAUUUUAGAACAAGGACUGACCGGCUGAGUCUCAGGAAGACCUCAGUGAACUUUCAGGGCAAUGAAGCCAUGUUUGAAGCAGUUGAACAGCAGGACAUGGAUGCUGUGCAGGUCCUUCUGUGUCAGUACACUCUAGAAGAACUAGAUCUCAACACGCCUAAUAGUGAAGGGUUGACGCCUCUGGAUAUUGCCAUCAUGACCAACAAUGUGCCCAUUGCUAGGAUUCUUCUGAGGACAGGGGCCCGAGAAAGUCCACACUUUGUCAGCCUGGAAAGCAGAGCAAUGCACCUCGACACAUUGGUGCAGGAAGCCCAGGAGAGGGUGAGUGAAUUGUCUGCUCAGGUGGAGAAUGAAGGAUUCAGUCUGGACAACACAGAGAAAGAGAAACAGCUGAAAGCUUGGGAGUGGAGGUAUCGGCUCUACAGACGCAUGAAAACAGGCUUUGAACAUGCCAGAGCCCCCGAGGUGGCAACCAAUGCCUGUCUCAUGGUAACCAGCAGUACAUCACUCACUGUCAGCUUUCAAGAGCCUCUUAGUGUCAACGCAGCUGUAGUAACCAGAUAUAAAGUGGAAUGGAGUAUGUCGAAAGACUUUUGUCCUUUGGCUGGAGAAAUCAUCAUGGAAAACCUGCAGACCCUGAGAUGUACAAUCACAGGACUUACAAUGGGGCAACAGUAUUUUGUUCAAGUCUCGGCAUAUAACAUGAAAGGAUGGGGACCUGCUCAGACCACAACACCAGCAUGUGCCUCGCCUUCUAACUGGAAAGACUAUGACGACAGAGAGCCCAGACACAAGGGACAGAGUGAAGUUUUGGAAGGUCUGCUGCAGCAGGUCCGAGCCCUUCAUCAGCAGUAUAGCUGCCGGGAAAGUUCAAAAUUACAAACCACAGGCCGCAAGCAGUCAGUCUCAAGGAGCCUGAAACACCUAUUCCAUUCCUCAAACAAGUUCGUGAAGACCUUAAAACGGGGACUCUACAUAGCCGUUAUAUUUUAUUACAAAGACAAUAUGUUAGUCACCAAUGAAGAUCAAAUACCAAUUGUUGAAAUAGAUGACUCUCACACCAGUUCCGUUACACAAGAUUUUCUGUGGUUCACAAAGCUGUCUUGUAUGUGGGAAGAUAUAAGGUGGCUGAGGCAAAGUGUACCUAUCUCCAUGUCCUCAUCCACAGUACUGCAAACUCGGCAGAAGAUGCUCGCAGCAACAGCCCAACUACAGAAUUUACUUGGAACACACAACUUGGGAAGAAUUUACUAUGAGCCCAUUAAAGACAGACAUGGAAACAUCCUAAUAGUCACCAUCAGAGAGGUGGAGAUGCUCUAUUCAUUUUUUAAUGGCAAAUGGAUGCAGAUAUCAAAGCUGCAAAGCCAAAGGAAGUCUUUGUCAACACCUGAGGAGCCAACAGCCUUAGACAUUUUACUGAUAACCAUCCAGGAUAUUCUCUCCUAUCACAAAAGGAGUCAUCAGCGUCUCUCUCCUGGAUUAUAUCUGGGUUACCUGAAGCUGUGUAGUUCUGUGGACCAGAUCAAAGUACUUGUUACCCAAAAGUUGCCCAAUAUUCUCUGUCAUGUAAAGAUCCGUGAAAAUAGUAACAUUUCCAAAGAAGAGUGGGAAUGGGUCCAAAAGCUUUCUGGCUCUGAAUCCAUGGAAAGUGUGGAUCAUACUUCUGACUGCCCCAUGCAAUUGUUCUUCUAUGAGCUCCAGAUGGCAGUGAAAGCUCUCCUUAAGCAGAUCAAUAUACCUCUACACCAGGCAAGGAACUUCCGCCUCUACACACAGGAGGUGUUGGAAAUGGGUCACAAUGUGUCCUUUCUUCUCCUGCUCCCUGCCUCAGACGACGUCUGUACAGCCCCAGGACAGAAUAAUCCUUACACCCCACACUCAGGGUUUCUUAACCUCCCUCUUCAGAUGUUUGAACUUGUUCAUUUUUGCAGCUACAGGGAGAAAUUUAUUAGUCUGUAUUGCCGCCUCUCUGCUGUUGUGGAGCUGGAUUCUCUGAAUACCCAACAAUCCCUGAGGGAAGCAAUCUCAGACAGCGAGGUUGCAGCAGCCAAACAAAGACACCAGCAAGUUUUAGAUUUCAUUCAGCAAAUAGAUGAAGUUUGGCGUGAAAUGAGAUGGAUCAUGGAUGCUCUACAGUAUGCAAGAUACAAACAACCAGUUUCUGGCUUACCCAUCAUUAAGCUGACAGACCCCUCAGAUGAGCAGAACCUAAAGAAAAUCAACUCCACAUCCUCACAUAUAGACUGCCUUCCAUCACCAUCACCAUCCCCAGAGAUGCACAGAAGAAAGGCAGUGAGUGAUUCACAGCCCUGCUCUGAUGAAGAAGGCUGCUCAGAAGUCUUCCUCCCCACCGACAGCGACUAUGACUCCAGUGACGCCCUGAGCCCCCGAGACCUGGACUUGGUCUACCUGUCCUCGCAUGACAUCGCGCAGCAAGCGCUAAGCGGCCUAAGCGGCAGUGCGCCCGAUGUCCUGCAGGUGCACGACAUGAAGGCUCCGUCGGGGCCGGGCCAGGACCCCCAGGGGCGGGUCCCGGGGACGGAGCCCGAGCACUCGUGCGCCGAGUUCCUCCACAGCCUGACCCUCACAGGCUUCGCGCCCAAGAGCCACGCCAAGAUGGCGCCGGGCACGCGGCCGCCGCUGGGCUUCCUGGGAAAGCGGAAGCCAACCAAGCACCAGCACUACGGCGGCUUCAGCCGCCACCACCGCUGGCUGCGCAUGCACAGCGAGACGCAGUCGCUGUCCCUGUCCGAGGGCGUUUAUACGCAGCACCUGACUCGGUCCUGCGGCCCAGACCAAGAGCCCAAGGAGGCCGAGCAGCUCGGAAGUGCCUCCGAGGGUUCCCGGGGCCUGACUCUGGCCCACUCGGCGAGCCUCCCUGAGGAGCGGAAGAGCGGCCCCCAGGACCCGAGACCUUCCGUCCGCCGCAUCUACGUGGAGCCCUACCCGGCAGCCCUCGUGGCAGGAAAGCCCUGGGCCGGCGUGAGCACGCCCCCUGGAGGCCGCUCGGGCCUGCCCAGCCCCGGCCGCCCGGAGAUGAGCCCGGAGGGCCCGCCCACGUCGCCGGGGUCAGAAAUACUCAGCAGCAUGCUUUAGGGAGGCCCGCAAGUGGCUGUCCACACGCCCCCGCAUUUUCCAUCACCCUAUCCCAGCCUGCCCCCACAGUGGCCCCAUCCACUCUCAAAUGGUUUGAAUGUUAAAAAUCCAAAGGUUGCAGGUUCAAAGCCCUCUAUUUUAGGGUAGACUUGGGCUGGAGGCGAGAGUUGCCAGUGUCAUUCCCAUUUCAGCCUACAAAGGAUAUAGAGGAGCUUUUGUGUCAACAUGGAAUCCUAGACACAGUGGUUCAAACAUUGCCACCCUGUUGGUCACACCUGUGGCUGAGGCAGGACAACCCAAAGAGCCACACUCAGUUCUGCACGGCUCUUUCAUGAAUCUGUGAUCAGUGGGGGAGGAGAUGCCCAUUGUUUUUCCCUCCAUCCCAAACCUUUACAGAGUUUGGGGGAAAGAAAUUCAGUUGGUGUGUUUAGGGCACAGGGUCAAGUAGACUUGGCCUGGGUUCCCUGUCAGCUAAACCAAGUCAUUCCAAGUGCAGGGUUCUCAGCCGCUUGUCAAAUCCAACUUAUCCAUCAGCACUGAUUUGAUUUAAGCAGGCCUUGGACAGGACUUUUCUUCAGUUAGUGCUGUGUGGAAACCACCAGAAACUAAAACAGAGGAUGCUUCUACCGUAGUUCUGUCCUGCAAAAAUAGAACAGGGCAGGAAGCAGACCUUCCUGCACACUCAUCCAACAUUUGAGCAUGAAAAUGGGCUGUAUAUUGAUUGUUCAAGGGUGCAAGGAGAUGGCUGAAUUAAGUGGAAGCCUGGGUUAUAAAGAAGACAAGGGAAGGGAGAGAGACAUAAGCAAAAAUGUAUUUCUUAAAAUAGGUAAGUCCCUGGGGCUGUGCCUCUGAAAAUGGUAGUGGACCUGCUCCAGAUUCUUAAAUGAUGAAAUUAUCAUUGAACAAGAAAAGUGCCCAGCAGAUAUGGCCAGGCAGUGAUGGAGUCCUUACAGCCACACAGGCACAUCUGCCCACCCCCACAUCACACAUCACAGAACAGACUGGCGAGGGCUUGGGCUGCUGUCUUCCCCUUUCCAGUCCAUCCAUUCCAAAGUUAGUUUUGCCCCAAAAUCAGCUGGCCCAUUGGCCUCGGGAAAAUCCUUCCUUAGAAGGCCCUGCCAGUGGUUCCAAGGCUGCCCUCGAAGACAUUUGAAAAUACUGCUUUGGUCUCAUUACCUCCCACCUGCCCCUCUCACAAAUGAGAAACCCAAAUCAAAGAGAAAUCACGCUGCAUAUUUAAAAAAGGCAUGGGCAGUCUCUCAUUUCCGGAAACCAAGACCCAUUCAUUUCACUGAUACUCUAAAUGGUCCUUUUCUGCUUCCCAGGCAUUUUGAUUAAAUACUGCUCUUUAUGCCCAACCUACCCCUGUCCUCACAGUUCUUCCAUUCCCCCUCAUCGGAGUUCAUACAAAGUACCCUGUUCACAAUGUUAUUUUGAUCCCUUUCAUUUUGAAAACAUUUGAUUUAAACAUAAAUAAUUACCCUAAUGUAAAGGUACAGAUUUGGCCCAUGGCCUAUGGUCCUUAGAAAACUAAAGCCCAGAGAUUUUAUACUCAAUGAACCCAAAAAAAUCUUGAUCAGAGUCACUGCAGCUCCUUUCCCAUGCCUGGAAGGAUUUUUAAAUGCAGUUUUCUUCUGCUCUGAGUGAACUCUAUGUGUAUGGAGCAUUAGAGCUAGAUGGGACCAUAAAAUUGGUCUAAAUCCUUGCAUUUAUAGAUGAGGCAAUUAAAGCCCAGAGAGGUAAGUGACUUGCUUAAGGUCACAGAGCUAUGUUAGUCUCAGAGUUAGGGUCAGAACCCAGAAACAUUCCCUUUAUAACAGGCUGUCCCAUUGGGAACUGGUACAAACCUAGUCAACUCUUGAUUGUCCAUAGGCUACUUACCGAGUUCGUAGAUCAUCUAUCUCUUCUAAUUCCCAAUUCAACUCCUUUUUUCAACCUUUACCUAACAGAUUUCCAUUAGCACAGAGCUCCUUGUUGCCAGGAAAUGCAAAUUUCAUAUAAUAGACAUCUACACUGAUGAAUUAAAAAGCAAAUUUGGGAGACAUGCCAUUUAAAAUUACAUGCUGUAUGAUUCCCCUUUAAUAACAAAAGUGAGAGUCAUCUGUACUCAGUUUCUACUUAUUUCUAAUCAUAAGACAUUAUAUGUGUUGAAUUGAGUUUGUGAGAUAGGCUGCUGGAUUUGUCAAAAACUAAGAAACCAAGUGAUUCUCUGAUCAUGACCUUUCUGGUGGCAUGAAAGGAAGUUAGUGACUAUGAAUUAGAUGGGAGGUAUUGGACAGGCAGCAGAAGCAGAGACUGGCCUACCCUCUAUUUGGUCAGCAAGUUCUGGCACACUCGACCAAAUAAUGACUCAUAAAGUAAAACUGCAUUAAAUCCAAACCCACUGAUUUAUAGUAAGGACACGGGGUUAUUUUUUCACCUGUAAGGAAAAGAAAUGCAUGCCUAUGUAAUACAUAAUGCACACUAGAUUUCAUUGGGCAUACUUAAUCAGCUUGAAAAUGCAUUUUUCUAGGAAUAUUUCUAUAUAAAAAGUGGAUGUUAUAUCCUUAAAAUUUAGCUGUUUGAUCAAAUAUAUUCCCUUGACCUAUACCUGCACUUUAAACAUCUUGUGAACCUAGUUUAAAUUAACAGAUUCUUAUGAGAGACAACUGUAUUCUCUAAUUCACAGUCCUUUACUCAUUUACACUGCCUUUUCAUCAUAGGGCCUUUACAAUGUCUGAGGAUUUGUGGCAGUUUUUUGUCUUAUUUAUUUGAUUUUGUUUCACUUUGGAUAUGAUGGACUUUGUCUUUCAUUCUUUUUAAAUUCAACCUGGGAGCCUCUGGAGGAAACUCUCUGUCCCAGGUCUUCUUUUCCACAGUUUUUCUAACAUGCUUAACUCUCACCCACAUUAUCCAGUUCUGUCAUUUGCGAAAGCCUUCAAAAAAUCAUUAGCUGAGACCAUCCCGUAAGUCUGUCUUUAUUCUAAGUCCCACAGAGAACAACAAAAUCAAGUAUGAAACACAUUCCCAGGCCACAAGGAGCUUACAAUCUGAUAUAAGUAUAGCUAUCAUCACCAUACGUCUUCUUAUCAAUGGCUUAGAAGAGGCAGGAGCCUAUCUCCUCAGCCAAGCCAACACAGUGUUUGUUGGGCUAGACAUCUUUGAUUUUACUCUUGCCGUCAAUUCAUAAGGGAGGACAGCCUGGAAAAUGAAGUCACCAAGGUAUAUGCUUGCCAACCACUUACAAGGCUAUCACAUCCUCUUAAUUGACAAGGGUACAUGGGAGACAGUAUUUAAAAGCAUUCACUCUAAGGAAUGGGUAUUUUAAGAAGUGAGCACUUAAAGAUGAGACUCAUUCCAUUUUAAGUACAUUCACAAAUGCUCAAAGCAAUAAUUACACUGGAGAAAAUGGUUCCAUUUGGUUUAAUAUUCCUCCAGGCCCUAUUUCUAAAGGAUCCCAUAGCACUUUAUGAAAAGGAAUGACUGAAGCCUUGUUGUACUCCCCUAAAAAGACCUUGUUCAGGAGCCACCUGGCAAACCCCUACCCCAUCUUUGCCAGGAGAUCAUGCCAGACAAGUGGAAAAGAGGACUGGCCUCUCAUACAUUGUUAUCCUGUCACAUGAACAUGCACCCUGGUGAGUGCUACGCUCUUCCCUUGGAGAUAACAAUUUGAAACAGAAGACAUACCAGAAAAUCCCAACUCCUUGGCCUCCCCUUGUUCUUCACACACCACCUGAGAUGUACUCACCUUCUCUUGGAGAACUAUCAACCCAAGCUGUUCAAAGGUCUGCAGUGCAUUUAGGUUCCCUGCUUAGGUCAACAGCAUACAGAAUUUACUGGCUUCUUAAAACUGAUUCUUGUUGGGAAGAUGACACCAUUAUUAUGCAGCUCUCUCAACUUUGGAUGUAGCAGAGCUACCACAGAGAAUAUACAUCUCUCCGUAUAUUUGCUUAUUAAACUAUAACCUACCAACUAGAGAGGGUAGUUAUAGAUUAGUAAGAGAACACUCGCAGAGAAUUAAAAGUGUUACAUUGUCCCUUUAUAAAGUCUCAAUAUUUUUCCAGAUGAUUCCAUGAAGCAAAUCUGGAUUUUUUUUCCCUGGUCAUACCUUUAGGGAAAUUUUUAAAGGAGCUAUUUGGAAAGCAAUGAUACCUCUUCACAGGUAGGAGAGUGAACAAGGGAAAAUCUUGUUUCUUUGCUGGUCACCUCUCAUAAGAUGUUCAAACACAUGGCUCAUGACUGUUAAGCUAAACUUCAAUGCGGCCUUACAAACAACAAGGGUAGUGUAUUUGAAACUAUGUUGUACAGCGUGGAAACUUAUUCUAAGAUCUUAAUUCAGAGUUUUUCUGAGGUGUUGAACUUUGCCAUUAGCAAAAAGUAUUUUUAGAAAAAUCCAUUGACUGUUUAUGAAGCACUGAUUUUGCCAUAUUUUGGGUCUCUGGUUUUUCCACCACAUCUGCACACCAAAGUUAUAUUUGUGUUUUUUUUAUUAUUUCUUCUAUUUCCAUUAAUAAUGAAUUUGUAAAAUGGUUAUUCAAAAGGACAGUUGGUUUUGUUUAACAAUCAGGUAGACUGUGAAAACAUUCUAUUUUGCUAAAGGAAGUAGGAUAUUUGUUGUUGUUUUAAAUAUUAUCCAAGAGUCUUUCCCCUCCAAAUAUAUACAUUUUUUAUUUUAGCAAAAGCCAAUAUUUAACUUAGUAACAUAUGUUAUGAAGCUAUUAGUUAAUGCUCUCUGGUCCUCUUCAUUCAGUCCAUGACAUGAAAGUCUAAAUAUGUUUUCACAGUAACCACCAGCCAGUAGCUGAUUUAUAAAAACCAAGUCUGGCUAAUCGUUGCAUUAAGUCACUCUGAGUUGCUGCAUUGCUUUUUGCCCUAUAACAAACCAGAUGUUUGGGGAUAUUCCAUGUAUGUGGUAACAAGCAUUGGUUUAACAUUUGUGAUGGAAAAAGAAUUAAAGAUGUGUGUGCAUGUAUGUGUGUGUGCAUGCCCAUGUGUGUGUGUGUGUGUGUG